AGUGUAGCCCCAGAAGUGCCACCUGUCAGUGCUCAUCAGUGCCUUAUGUCAGUGCUCAUCAGUGCCUCCUGCCAGUGUCCAUCAGUGCCACAUAUCAGUGCCCAUCUGAGCUGCCUUUCAGUGUCACCCAUCAGUGCCAUGCCAGUCAGUGCUGCCUAUCAGUGCCACCUAUCACUGCCUGUCAUCAGUGCCAGUCAGUGCUGCCUAUCAGUGCCAUGUAUCAGUGCUGUCUUUCAGUGCCCAUCAGUGAUGCCUGUCAAUGCCCAUCAGUGCCAACUACCAGUGCCUCCUCAUCAGUGCCCAUUAGUGCCACCUAUCAGUGCCCAUCAGUGCAGCCUAUCAGUGCCCAUCAGCGCAGCCUCAUUAGCGCACAUCAGUGAAGGAGAAAAAAAUCACUUAUUUUACAAAAGUUUAUAA